AUGGAAUAUGAGGGGUGUGCAUCGGAAGUAAUAAACCAUUCAGCUGUUGAAGAAACCGCCAUGUUGGGAGGGAUUUUGGUUCAGGAGGAGGACCCCCUUUUUGCCGUGGUUUCUCGUCUUGCUGCUGGUGAGACGUUCGCACGUGAAAAUUUGUGUCAGCGAUGGUACCGCGGUAUUACAAAAUUGAAAUGGGCAGAGGAAUUGCAGCGGUCAGGUAUUCUUCUCGUGCAAAAGAACGCCGCGGGUGGAAGCAACCCUGAGGGCAACAAGGAACAAAAGAAGGAUGAAAAUGAUGAUGCAGAUGGGGAAAAUGUAGAACAGGGAGAGGAGGAGUACAUCAAUGCAGAUGAAUGCGUCGCUCGGUUGAGGCGUGAGUUCAACUUUCAACGUGUGCUGAAUGUCGUCAUUUAUGGUGAAGAUGAUGAGCGCGCGGAGAUUUUAAAGGAAGAACAUGAUAACAUUUCUCAAAUUGUCAUGAUGAUGGAGGAGUGUAUGGAUCGCCAGUCAUUGAUUGAAGAGGCUCAGUCACGAGCUGCGCUUGUUCUUGAAGUAAUGAAACCCCGUAUUACCAGUCGCUACAGUUACGCAUGGGGAGUGAAAACGUACUCCACUUUUAAACCCGUGAAAGCAGAAAUGGAUCGCCUUCGUCCCGCUGACCGACACAAACCCGCAUAUAUGCGUAGCAAACAACCGACCUGUCGUGUGCCUUUUGAACACGCUCAUUAUUUACCCAAUGGUGAGCAAAAAAUGGUAAGGGUCAGCGAACUUAAUUUCGAAAAGGGGAAUUAA